AAGCCAGGAAAGGUCACUUCUCCGCGCCGAGGGUACUCAGGUCCCCCGUAGUAGCAAGAACGAUUUUUCGACUGGUCACGAGGAUGCGCGUGUCCAGAGGUCGCAGCUGGGGCCGGGAAUAAUCCGGUGGAGAACCCAGUACAGGACCGAAGUCCGAGGGGAGCGCAUGGCGACUCAGCACGGAGGGCAACGAACUGAUCGCUGCUGGGGUGAAGGAUGUCACCAGGGAGCCAGGAGCCUUUUUCCGGGCGCGCCAGGCCCUCACAGUCCUCGAGCCCUGCGCACUGGCUCGGGGUAUGGGGUGUGGGGAGGGAGGGGGGACUAGGGCAGGGACCCACAGGAGCCGGUGCCCUGGCUUAGCUGGCGAGAAGGAGGAGCAGGAGGAGGAGCCCGGCCGUGAGGCGCGGGAGUCACCGCCCACCGGGCCGCGAGGAGGCGGACCUGCUCCGAGCGCCGCGCGCGCCGGGGCUGAGCCUUGCAAACAAGUGUCUGUGGCAGUGUCCCCGCGGCCCUCCGGCGGCCCUCGUCGCACUAGGCUUGGCUUCUCCGGACAGAAGGAACCGAGGAAGCCCCGGGAGCCGCCGCCGCCGCUUCCACCCUCGGCCUUAGCCCCGCGUAGGGGCCGCGGACUCAGCGCGGCUGCUCGGCUCGUGGACGCGGGGUCGCAGCGCGGGCAGCGCCCCGGCUCCUACGGAGCAGCUCCUGACAGAAGAACGCGCGUGGCUAUCCCCACCCCUGGGAGGGGUUGCCGGUGCCGCGAGCUGCCGCCCAGUUUGCAGCGCUCUCUCCUGGGAGGAUCCGUCACCAGGAAAGAGUAGAAACCACCUGGCCGAGGAGCAGAAGUGGCUCGGGAGGGAGCCGGCGUGGGUCCGCUGCCUCGUGUCCCCUAAGGGCGCGGCGAUCGCGGACCCGCGGGCCGGAGUCCAGGCGCAGCCUAGAGCUUUCGGGUGGCGGAGCCAGGCGCACCGCCGUCUGGGUGUCUGCUGAGCGGUCCCCCGCGCCCCGCGGGGUCCUGCAGCCCCGAUCCACGGGCUGGAAGCCACGGAGAACCGCUGCCGCGGACUGCGGACCAACAGUCCCUCCUGAAAGCGGAUUCUGCUAUGACAGCUGGGCUCUCCAAGGGGUUAACCUGGGUGUCCUCGGCAAAGUUGUCGCCGAGCCGGGAGCCCGUUUAGGGGUCGCAGCGCCGCGGCUCGGGCGGCGGCCGGGUGGCCGGCGGCGGCCGUGGCUCGGCGGGACCCGCGCGGCCGGGGGGCUUCUGGGGGUGUGCGCCCCCAGCCGGCUGCCCUCGUGGAUGCCUCCCGGCGGCGGCGGGCCCAUGAAAGACUGCGAGUACAGUCAGAUCAGCACCCACAGCUCCUCCCCCAUGGAGUCUCCCCACAAGAAGAAGAAAAUCGCAGCCCGGAGGAAAUGGGAGGUGUUCCCGGGAAGAAACAAGUUCUUUUGCAACGGGAGGAUCAUGAUGGCCCGGCAGACCGGCGUUUUCUACCUGACGCUCAUCCUCAUCCUGGUCACUAGUGGACUCUUCUUCGCCUUCGACUGUCGGUACCUCGCAGAGAAAAUCACCCCUGCCAUCCCCGUGGUCGGUGGCAUCCUGUUCUUCUUUGUGAUGGGGACUCUGCUUCGGACCAGCUUCAGUGACCCGGGAGUUCUCCCUCGAGCCACUCCUGAUGAAGCAGCUGAUCUGGAAAGGCAAAUAGACAUCGCCAACGGCACCAGUUCAGGGGGCUACCGCCCGCCUCCCAGAACCAAAGAAGUCAUCAUCAAUGGUCAGACUGUGAAACUAAAGUACUGUUUCACCUGCAAGAUCUUCCGCCCGCCUCGAGCCUCCCACUGCAGCCUGUGUGAUAACUGCGUAGAACAGUUUGAUCACCACUGUCCCUGGGUAGGCAACUGUGUGGGGAAGAGGAACUACAGAUUUUUUUAUAUGUUUAUUUUAUCCCUGUCUUUUCUGACGGUCUUUAUCUUUGCAUUUGUCAUCACGCACGUCAUCCAUCGUUCACAGCAAAAGGGAUUCCUCGAUGCCCUUAAGGACAGUCCAGCGAGUGUGUUAGAGGCUGUAAUAUGCUUCUUCUCCGUCUGGUCCAUCAUUGGCCUCUCAGGUUUCCACACGUACCUGAUCAGCUCCAACCAGACCACAAAUGAAGAUAUCAAAGGCUCUUGGUCCAAUAAAAGAGGGAAAGAAAAUUACAACCCCUACAGCUACGGAAACAUCUUCACGAAUUGCUGUGUCGCCCUGUGUGGGCCCAUCUCUCCCAGCCUAAUCGACAGAAGAGGCUAUAUCCAGCCCGACACACCACAGCCAGCAGCACCAUCAAAUGGUAUCACUAUGUAUGGGGCCACGCAGUCGCAGAGUGACAUGAGAACUCCUAGGUGCCAGCACAGGCCUGACCCGGACUCCCUUUCUCUCUCACACUCCGGGAGGGAAGCUGGCAGCAGACAGAGACUGUUCUUACCCUGUCGUGAGGAAUCUCGUGGGCAGACAUAUCUGUCUGCGGCAUCUGCACUUCCUGAUUGCGAUCUAUUCUGUGGAUGGAGAUUUCAUUACUGUCUCAGGUCAGCCUGGCAGCUGAUCGACACGGACAUCCUCUCUGGAGGUAUGCCUCUAUGUCGUGUGUGUGCCUAGUGCCGUUAGAAGCCAGAAGAGGGUGUCAGACGCCUGGAACUGAAGUUACAGAUGCCCUUGAGUUGCUAUGUGAGUGCUAGGAGCCAGACCCGGGUCCUCACCAAGUGCUCUUAAACCACUAAACCAUGGCUAAAAGAAACUACCCAAACAACAAAACUAGGCAUAUGAAGGAAAAGCCAUAAUCCCCCAUGAUGAGAUCACCUGGAAUGCAGAACUCCAUCAACAGUGCUACGAGAAGUUUCCAGACGUGUGUGCCAGAGUCUUUAUUUACCUCAUCCUGGCGUAGAAACAGUUCAUGUCCACCACGGUUCACACAAGACACUGCGUACACUCAAAGAUUACCCUCACCAGACGGGGGGUUGGCCUUUGCUCUUGGCCCUGAGAAGAAAUCCCUAAGCUCUGGAAAGUUCUGUCUGGUUAGAGUAUCUUACCUGAGGGCAUAGUGAGCCAUUUGGGGGCAGUUCCUCUCUGAAGGGAAUAGAAGUCAGUCAGACAGUGAUCAUCAUGUCUACACCACACAAGUCUAAACGCUGGACUAGAGAAGGGGUGAACGUCCCCGCUUAGCAGUAUUCACCUGAAGCCUGGAAUCGAUGGGUACAGCCUCACUGGGAGAUAUCGGAAAGGUCAGUGCUGUUCUGUCUGGAACCUGUCUCACCCACCCAUGCUAUUAAUUCUUCCACUUCAAUGGACCUGUGAGUUGAGGAGCUUUCUUGAGCUCUGAGAGUCUCUCUAGUAAGUAUUCACGCCUAAGGAUGGUUCUGAGAGCCCCGUCUCACAGUUCUUGUCAGAGCUAAGGGUGGGUUUUACACUUGGUCCAGGUUGACUCCUAGGCUGUGUUCUGAGGGACCUUAGAACAAUCCCCCAAACCUACCAUCUCCAUCUGAGGGGUCCUCAAAGCAGUUGUCAACCUGUGCGUUGUCAAACAACCCUUUCACAGGGGCCACAUAUCAGAUACCCUACAUAUCAGAUAUUUACAUUAUGAUUCAUAACAGAAGCAAAGUAGCAACAAAAUAAAAUUAUGGUUGUGGGUCACCACAACAUAAAGAACUGUGUUAAGGGGUCCAAACGUUAGGAAGGUUGAGAACCACUGGUCUAAGCUGUGGUGCAGACACAGAAUGCCUUUCUGUACAGUGCUCAUAUUACCUGAGGGUGACAGGAGCUGUAGAUGUUCUGGUUUUAGAACUCUUUAAAAACUAGUAUUUAUGGGGGUCUGGGAAUAUCAGUGAUUAAAGUGCUUUAAUCACUUUUUUUUCCAGCAUGAAGACAUGGAUUCAGAUAUCCAGCAUCCAUGUAAAAGAAGGGCAUGUUGUUCAAAUCUAGAACCCCAGUGCUGGGGGCAGGAACUGAGACAAGCAGGCAGAUCCUGAGAGUUCAGUGGCCAGCCAGUGUGGACAAAAUGGGGAAUCCCAGGUUCAGCAAGAGAGAUCCUGUUUCAAAGCAUAAGAUGGAGAAGGGAUUAAGGAAAACAUCCCAAUCUCAAUGUCAACCCGACUUCCAUAUACACACAGGCCAGUACACCUACAUGCCCACAUACACAUGUGCACACACACACACACACACACACACAGAGACAGAGAGACAGACACAGACACAGAGACACACAGAGAGACAGAGACAGAGAGAUAGAGAGAGACACAGAGACAGAGAGACAGAGACAGAGAGAAGCAGAGAGAAAUGGUUGUUUAACUUAAUUUUGCAAGAAACUGAGCAAGCCGAAGGUAGAUGGAGGAGGUGGAGGGAGAGAGCAUUGCAAACAAGAAGCUAACCGUCCUAAACACCCAGACAAGACUGUUAGAACAAAGGAAGCUAGAAAGCACAUCUAUUCAGUAUACGUUGGUUUUCUUUUCACAUUGUCAAGUUCAACAUAUGUAAACUUACAGGAGAUUGGGAGGCAGGAAAGAGUAAGAGGUGUUGUGCACACUCCCAAUUUUCCAGAGAAAAUGAUGGAAAUCUUGAGCUAAAGAAAAACAUUUUUUUAAAAGAAAUGUAAACGGGUAUUCUCAGUUCUGGCCCUUGAAGAGUGAUUCCUGCACGGAGCCAUAUUGGAUUUGGGCCUAGCCGCUUUUUGACUGCAUGGUUCAAAGUGACUCUGGGCUGUUUGGCCACAGAGACUCACCCCUAAGAUGACUGCCAUAAGUCUUAAGAUUGUUGGACAAAGCCUCUCCCAUGAAUUUACGGCACAGGAAGAUAACAUUCAAGGGAUGCCUCAGCUCGAGCAGAUACCAGUUAUCUCCUCAGUCAACACCCAGUGUCUCCACCACCUGACCUCAUCGCCUGACUUCUUUGCCUCCAGCUAUCACUGCCUAUACCCUCAUCUCCCCCUCCUUCAUGUUUCACAAAGGUCACUCCCCCUACCUGAAAGCCUUAAAAGCUGCAUUGUUCAUCCCAAUAAACGAGACCUUGACACAGAA